AGAAAAAAAAGAUGAUGGAAUUCAGAGGAUGAGAAGUGAGAUUUGGGAGAUUGCAAGUAACAUUUGCAAGUCUUUAAACAUGAAGAUAAACAUCAUGUCAAUGGAAACAGAAUGGUAGAACCUUUCCCAGAGGGAACGCAGAUGGCUAUAUUUGGUAUGGGCUGCUUCUGGGGAGCUGAGAGGAAGUUUUGGAGACAGAAAGGAGUCUAUUCCACUCACGUGGGUUAUGCAGGAGGUUAUACUCCAAAUCCUACCUACAAAGAAGUCUGUUCAGGAUACAGAAAUACAUUCUGUGGAUUCAUCAUUUAAAAAUAAAAGGAAGGACAAAUAUUUUUACCCACCAUUGUCUGAAAAACAAGAAGCUGCCUGUCCACAAGGGAUGCUGGCCGCUGUGCUCAGGGAUUUCUGCUCCAUCUUUAAUCAAGGUAGAACUGGCCACACAGAGGCUGUACGAGUGGUAUAUCAGCCAGAAAACAUCAGCUUUGAGAAACUGCUCAAGGUCUUCUGGGAGAAUCAUGACCCGACACAAGGAAUGCGGCAAGGUAAUGACUUUGGCACUCAGUAUCGUUCAGCCAUCUACACCUUUUCCCAAGAACAGAUGGAAGCUGCCUUGAAAUCUAAGGAAGAAUAUCAAAAGGUAUUGACAGAAAGCGGUUUUGGUGCCAUCACAACAGAAAUCCGGGAGGCUCCGGAGUUUUAUUACGCUGAAGAUUACCAUCAGCAGUACCUCAGCAAGAACCCCAAUGGAUACUGUGGCCUCGGGGGAACAGGGAUUUCCUGCCCCAUCGGGAUCAGGAAAUAGCUUGUGCUCAUGGCACCCCCAAUGCUUUGUUCUAGUGGGUUGUUCUGAAAAGGCCAACAACGAGAGGUGUUUCGGUACCCACAGCAUCAGCACAUCAAGAUUUGGGAUUCCCAGUGGGAUGGCUUGCUGUAAUCUGAGCAGCUUCCCAUCCGUUGACAUUAAAAGCCAAGGAGAUUUGGAAAUUUUGCUUGCUGGCAGCUUCUUGCUCUGUGCAGUUCCCUGGUUUCCUUGUAAGCUUGAAAUCUAGAGAGGAAAGAAACUUCUUAAAGUUUGGCUUGAAGUGCUGUUAAAGGGAUGGAUUAUGGGGUGGCUGUACCCAUUAAGCACUUAGCAUAGCUAAUAUCUAUAGGCGUACUUAUUUUCUUGGACUGAUGAAUUUGUUCUUGGACUGAUGAAUUUGUUCAUGCUUUAGCUUUGACUUCUGGAGACAUGGCUGAGCUCAUCUUAGCUAUCACAACCCUGUAAUUUGAUGUCUUUGAGAAUGAUGAAUUUAGAAGAUCAGUAAUUCUCUCACAAUUCCACUUCCACUGCAACGUGUAAUAUCACCUAUAGUGCCUAUUUUCUGAAGCAAUUUUAGUAAGAAAAAGUAAAAAUUGUAAUAUGAUACUUCCUUUUGACAGUUCCAAAAAAUGUACAAACACAAAAAGAAAUCAAUUUGGUUUCCUGCGCUACAAUAAAUUACGAAGACAGGAAAGAAAAAUGCUAUCUCCAGUGUGUUCCAUGGCUUUAAAUGUAUGUCUGAGUAGAUCUGGAAAAGGUAUCAAAUAUUAGAAAAGUCUGCAGCUUACUAAUUAAAUACCAGGGCUUUUUAAAAUCAGUAUCAUUAUGCAUGACACUACAGAGGAAUAUGCUAGGUGUACUGUAACAUAAUUAUUCCCAUGAUUAGCUAUUUGUACUUCAGUAGCUUUUGAUGUCACCACCAAGAUUUUCUGGUCAAUUGGAGAGGUCCCAAAGGGUUGGAGACUUGCCACUGUGACUCCCAUCUACAAGAAGGUUACUAAGGGGAGCUGCAGGCCACUCAGCCUGACCUCAGUGCCAGGAAAAAUUAUGGAGAAGAUAAUUUUGAGUGAGAUUACAUGGCGUGUGAGGGACAACUGGG